AUGAUCAAUGUUGAUCCCAGGGUGCCUGCAUAUGACCUGGUCGACAAGUAUAUACGCCUGACCGCACCUCGCCUGGUGGUCUACCCAUGCCCUCGCGAACACAAUCCGUUCAUCGAGCUACUCUUCCCUGUGGCUUUUAGUCACGUCGUGGCCAUGAAUUCGAUAUUGGCACUCGCGGCGGCUCACAGUGGCUCGCCACACUCCCGUUUUCUCUAUGGCGCGGCUCUGGCCGACUUGCGCUCGGCUCUUCAGCAGGACAGCAUUGGGACCGAAGUGCUCGUGGCCACCAUGAUGCUCGUCUUCUUUGAGACGGCAGAGGGCCACAGUAAAAGACAAGCCAUCCAACACUUGCAGGGACUAGCGCGGCUUUUGAAAUUCCGUCGACAACGCGGUGCUCAAACCCUCCACGACGGUCUGGCCAUGGAAGUUCUCAUCUACCACGUUGUCACGAUUAGUAUCUACGACAAUCUAUCCCAGACCAUUUUGAAGGGACUCCGAAUCAGCCCGACAGGACCGACUGUUUGGUCCAAUAUUGGUGGAGACUUGCGACAAAGCUACUGUCUAUCGGGGCUCAGUUCCGAGGUGCUUGAUUUCAUCCUCGAAAUCACCGGCCUGUUUUCUCCAUCUCCGGAAGCCCACACUCCGUUGCCUGCGAUGCUCAUCGUCGAGGGGAUCGCCCUGGCUGACAAAAUCAACCAGUGGCAGCCCGCCAUUGCCGGGGAUUCGCUUUUCCCCUACGCUCUCGAUGCGACGAAUCAUGCAGAGUUGACACUGGCGGCAGUCUUGUGGAAGAAUGCAGCUUUCUUAAAUCUUCUCUCCUUGAUGCAUGGCAAGAAAAUCAGCCCGGAUGACGCUCGAAUUGCCGAAGUUGUCAAAGGGUCCAUGAUCACGUUGCAGCAGAUCCCCGAGCAUUCCAGCGUCGAGACUUGUCUGAAUUGGCCGCUGGUCAUGAUAGGAAGUUUCGCCAUUUCGCAACAAGACCGCAGUCUUCUCAGGCGACGUUUCAAUUCCAUGGAAUGGCUGAUUUUCAAGAAUGUCUAUAUUGCAAUCUCGAUCCUUGAAGAAGCAUGGGCACAAUUCGACGAGUACGGGACCGUCAAUCUCGAGACGGUGAUGCAAAUCCCCCCUUUCGAUGUGAUCCUGUCGUAG